AUGGGUAACCAUGAGGUUUCAUUCUCAAAGGAGGAGGAUGAAAUUAUUUGGUGCGGGUCGAAGAAUGGUUGUUACUUGGUGAAGGUGGGAAUCACUCUUUUGGAAAGAGAUGCCAAGGUGAAGGAAUGGGAAUCUAAGAUUUGUUGGAACAAUGCGUGUCUUCUAAAAGUUGGAGCCUUUGCAUGGCUGGCUGGCAAUAAGCGGAUUCUUUCUGGAGAUCGCCUGAAGAAAAUGGGGUUUGCAGGUCCUUUUCGUUGUGUUCUAUGUGAAAAGGCUGAGGAGGAUGUGGAUCAUCUUUUGCUAAAUUGUGAAUUUGCUCAGAAGGCGUGGCUUUUCGGGUUGCAGAGAUUGAAUUGGAUGGACCCCAUGGCUGGGAAAUUGUGUGAAUGGUUGGAAUCUUGGCCGAGUUUGGGUAAAAAUUCCAUCUUUGCUGCUAUUUGGAAGAUCUUGCCCUCUACCGUGUUAUGUGAACUCUGGAAGGAGCGAAACCAGAGAGUGUUUGAUGGUAGAGCGGAAAAUUGUCAGUAG